UUUUUUAAUUAGUUUAAUACCAAAAAAGUAUAUGUUACUCGGUGCAUGGUCACACAGCUAUGAGUGGUUUGAAUGGCAAUAGUGAAUUUAUUGGUAUUCAACCAUUUUUGGAUUGGCAUUUGCACUAGUGCGAAUGGCAAAAUAGUAAGCAUGACAACGCUAACUUGGCCAGAGUUUCUUUAUCAGGCCAAGCAGGUGCUGGAAAUAUCAAACGAAUUAAAUGAUAACUGGAUAUUGUGUGAAAAAGAUGAGCAGGAGCCCAACAGCUAUCUGAAGUAUACGCAGAAGAUUAAAGGCAAAGCCAGCGAGGAUCUCAUAAGUGUAGAGUACCACAUAGUCUAUAGCAUUUCUUAUCAGGUGCCUGUGCUCUACUUUCAAGCGCACAGAUCAGACGGCAGUCUCUUGGACUUGGAGGCGACAUGGAAAACCUUUUUGCCGGACACAUCGCGUAGUGAACUCUAUCAAAUGCUGACACAAAUGGAACAUCCGGUGUUGUUUCGUCCAUUCAUGGCAUUUCAUCCUUGUCGCACCACUGAAGUCUUGGCACAAUUUGGCGAACCCAGUGAAAAUGUAUUAAUUACUUUUAUAAGUUUAUAUGGGCCGUAUGUGCAAUUAAAUUUAGCAAACGCUUACGGUUUGCAUUCGCAAAUAAAUAAAUAAAUAUAGGAUAUACUUGAUAAAUAGUUUUUAUUAUUGGUUGUUUUAAACACUGAUUACAGGCGUGGUUGACAUAUAUUCAUACAUAUAAUAUAUAUGGUUAUGAUUCUUAAUUGUCUAUAUAUAUUGUGGAUCUACCUAUACA